AUGAUUCUCUAUGUACCGGCGUCAAUCGAAGCACCGGUGUUGGCCCGAAUUGCCGACGCCAUCGUCAACCAACCACGCACAGGCAAGUACGAAAAUUUGAAAUCGUGCAUCCUGGAACGCUUCUGCGAAAGCGAACAAAAGAAAAUCCAGAAGUUAAUAUCGGAGACCGACCUUGGUGACAAGCGCCCCACGCAACUGCUCAACGAGUUAAAUGCACUCGCCGCAAACAAAGUUCAAGAAUCUUUCCUGAAAGCACUGUGGCUGCAGCGCUUACCAACACAAGUGCAAGCGAUCUUGCAAGAAUCGGACGCCAGCCUAGCAAACUUAGCUAAGUUGGCAGAUAAAGUGAUGGAAGUCGGUGAUUUUCAUCAGGUACGCACCAUCGACGCCAUGUCGGCGCCAACCAGCAGCGCCGUUUCCGACGAUCGUCUAGACCGCAUCGAACAACAAAUCAACGCGCUCUUCAGAAACCGUUCUCGCAAGAACAGCUUGCGAACGGAUCGCAACAGCGUCAUAGCCGGAGACAUGUGCUCAAACAAGCAAUUGUACUGCCACGUCGCCAAUAACCAUACACGUCCGUUCGUGUCCAAAUGCCUACGUCAAACCGUGGUUAAGGCCCUACAUUCGCUGAGCCAUCCGGGAGUUAAGGCAACAAACAAGUUGGUCGGAAAACACUACGUUUGGCCCCGCAUGGCGAAGGAUGUCGCUAAAAUUGUACGCUCUUGUAUCCCGUGCCAGAAGGCCAAAAUCCAACGUCACACCAAAUCGCCACUAGGAGAGUACACCGCCAGCGACGCCCGUUUUGAACACAUAAAUAUCGACAUAGUCGGCCCGCUGCCUUCAUCGAACGGAUACCGAUACUGCCUCACGUGUAUCGAUCGAUUCUCAAGAUGGCCCGCAGCAAUUCCUUUAGUAGACAUCACAGCACAAUCUGUAGCCAACGCACUGAUAUCGGGCUGGUUCGCUCAGUACGGUAUUCCUCUUCACAUCACAACCGAUCUGGGUCGACAAUUCGAGUCUACAUUAUUCCAAGAGCUUACCAAAAAUUUUGGGGUUUUAAGCACCUUCGGACGACGGCGUACCACCCGCAAGCCAAUGGUAUGA